GUAACUGUGAUAAAUACUAUUUACAUUUACCUAUCUCAAUGUUUUGUGAUUUUCUAUUGCCUUUUAAUUCAUUACUAUUGUUUAUAAUUUGUUGGAUUUAAAAAAAAAAAUUGUAUAAUAAAGUUAUAUGCAUUGUCUUUUCAACACAGAUAUGUUAUUCACAAAGUUUACAAAAUUUCACCUCUAACAAAAUAUUUCUGAACUGUGUACCUCAUUUGGAUAGUACAAUUAUAAUGCUGUAAUAAUAUCCAUAAAAUACUAAUGAGUUGGUUGCACAAUAAACAAAUAACAAUGAAUAGUAAAAUAUUGAAUACCAUAGCUAAUGCUAUUGAUAACAAAGAAGAUGUAAAGAAAAGACAUGAAAAUGGAAAACAGUGUCUUCAAGAAUUGUUGAAUUGUGUGCAAAAUGCUCAAAGUCGCUUUGGAGGAAAAUCAGAACUUGCUACUGAAGAUGAUAUAAGGAUAUCACUUCUGUGUGAUAAAUGGGAAAAAGUGCUUAGCCAUGGUAUAAGAACAAACUUAUCAAACUCUGCCCUUCAUAAUUUAGUCACAGCUGGAUUGAAUUUCACUUUCAAUAUUGUUAAUAUUGGGAAUUCAUUAUGGAGUUAUACAUGUCUCCAUCUCACAAAACAUGAAAAAGAAAGAUUUAAAAUCCUUAACAAUAUUAACACUCCACUCGGAUACUUUAGAGCAUUUCUUCGAGCUUCUUUAAAUGAGAGAUCAUUAAACAGAUACCUUCAGAGCUGGAUAUCUCAUGGGCUUGUAAUGGAAUAUUAUGAAGAUGGGGCAUUGGUUAGAGAUCCAGAGUCCUCAAGUCUUCUCCCUAAUAUUGCAGCUGGUUUGUCGUCAGUUUUGUUCGCGUUGUCCAUAGACAAAGCCGAAUUAAAUGACACACAGCAAGCGAACCAAACAAAAGCAGAACUUGUUAUACCGUUGCCGACGCCUGUUAAAUCGAGUAAUUUAAAAAGGAAACCAUUACGACAAGUAAUAUCUUUCGAUAAAAAUGAACAAAGAGAUAAUUUAAAGGAAAUCCAAGAACCACAAGAAUCGACAGCGCCUCAAUUUAACUCAACUUGGAAUAGUGCUCCAGCCACUUGUUUAAAUUCACCAGACCCCAAAGUGUUAACACAAAUAACUUCCAGCAGUGAACCUACCAGUUCAGAAUACAAAAGCAGUAUAAGGCAUUUCUUUCCAGAUAGUGUAAAAAAUAUCGAGAGUCCAUCACAGAUACUUUCUAAAUUGUCAGAAUGUGCUAAAGAGAUAUUCACAUCCUCCAACAGUAUUGAUACAAAUAAUGUGAUUAAAGACGAUUUGUCUGAGUUGAGUAUUAAUAAUUUGAAAAUAUCCGAAAGUGAUAGCGAAGAGGUGGCAGGCAGCAUUAAUGGUAGCACUUCAUGUUUAGAGCUUUGUUUCACAGAGGACGAAAGUGUACCUGAUGAUAAAAUUCUAAAUUCCAUAUUGGAACGAAAAGAAAAAGAAUAUUUGAAUAUGCAACUGAGAUGUAGUCAAAUAGAGAUAUCUAGUAAAGAAAAAAUUAACAAACUAGAAAAAGUAAUUUUGGACUUGAGCAAAGAAAAUGACAGGUUAAAAGAUCAACUGAGACAUUACAUGUCAGCUGUGGAACUUGGCUUAGCUUUAAAAUCUGGUGAUAAUGAAAACGAAGAAGUGAGUCAAUAUGAAAGAAAAUUGGUCCAGGUUGCAGAAAUGCACGCUGAACUCAUGGAAUUUAAUCAACAUCUUCAACGAAGGGUACAGGAACUGGAGAGUACCUCUUGUGAAAUAUUAGACUACCCAGAAUCUAAUGUGAAGGCGCACAUCCCCAGUGCAUUCCUUGUUGGAAAGAAGACUCAUUCCUACCAUGUAUAUCAGAUUUUUCUUAAGAUCGGUCAAGAAGAGUGGAAUGUAUAUCACAGAUACGCGAAAUUUCAUGAACUGCAUACGCAAUUAAAAAAAUGCCAUCCUGAUAUCGCAACCUACAAAUUUCCGCCAAAGAAAACUCUACGAAAACGAGAUUCCCGGGUAGUGGAGCAACGGCGCAUUGAGUUACAGGCGUACCUGCGACACAUAGUGUUGGUGCUGCCCGAGUUACGUCAGUGCACAACGCGCGCCAACCUCGUCACUUUACUACCCUUCUUCGGCACUUCUUCGACUACGAAAGAGAAUGGAUUCAAUCACACACUCAAUCGUCAGCAAUCUAGUGAAUCCGUAUCAACCUACGAUGGAGUAUGAUAACCACAUUUGAAGUGUUCUAAUGCUAUUACCAUUGGGGUAGUUAAGAAUAUUUUUCAGGGUGGGCCUGACCCCUUAAAAUGGUGAAUAUACAUAUGUACUUCCAAACAUGUCUUUGUGCACUUUGGUGCAGGCACAGCUCACCUGGCCCCACCCUUAAAUAAGCCUAUAAUUAUUACAUGAAUAAAAUUUUUGUUUAAUGUAUCUACUGCAAAGUUAUAGAUAUGAAAUCAAAUUAUAAAUAUUACGUGAAUGGAAUUAUACAAUAUGGACCUACUGGUAAGUUAUGUAAAGUCAAAUUUAGAAUUUUUAAUGUUCAGUGAUCCUAUAUGUACCAGUGCAAAUAUGGCUGUAAACUUGAUUCCACAGGCCCUUUCUAAGCCUUGUUUUGUGAUGUAAUGUGAUAAAAUGUAGGGGACUAAUAUAUUGUCACAAUAAUUCAACUGUAAGAUCGAAGCUGAUCACGUUCAACCUUUAUCAUUAACCGCCUUAUUCAUAAAAAAAAAUCCUAAUUAAAACAAAAUACUAAAUAGUAAAAAAGUUUUUCUUAUAUAUUAAGAAUUUACCCCAAAAGAAAAAGACAAUAGAAUCUAUACUUAGAAGUAUAUUUGUAACGUAUGAGGAUUUUAUAAAUAAGGGCUUAAAAUAUACAUAAAUAUUUAAAUACUACUGGUCUAAUACAGCACCGUAUAGUUCCAAACUGUCAUUAUUACCAUUUUGAGAUAUGUAAGUUAUCAAAUAAAAUGCAGCUUAUAAUUCAAGGAAGACAUAAUUUCGGUUAAUGUAUAAAAUUAUGUAUUUUUAUUGGAAGUUAAAGUACCUAUUCAUUCAAUAUUUAAAUGUGAAGUAUUUUUUUACGAAAUGUAUAUUUAAUGUAAUAAUAACAUGAUGUUUCACUUCGCUUCCGCCUAUGACGGCCACUGUUAUGAUGCUCGUUGAGUUCGACACGUUGCUUUGCAUAUGUUAUAAAAAGUCUUUUGAUUGAUUAACAAGAGUAAUGCAAACGUUUAUGUUAUGACUGUGUUUAUGUAGAAAAUUUAUAUUGAAAACUUGGUUGCGCAUCCAGCGGAUAGUUUUAAAAGUUUAACGCUUUGCACUCCAACCUAGUAACUCAUAGAGAAUACCAAUAACUCCAGCACUAUAUUAGUUAUAAGUACAUACCAGUGAUGUAAAAGAAAAAUGGAGUCGUUGCAAUAAAACUAAACAUUUAUUUCUUAGCUAUUUUAUAAAGGGCGCCGAGUCAGUAAAACAAUCUAAUUUUAUUUAGCAUUUUAAUGUCGCUAAUACGGCACCAACGGAUUGCACAGGGUUAAAUUUUGACAGCGCCUUAACGUAAACAUAAACGUAUUUGAAGGUGCGCGGGGGGCGCAGGUGGCACCCUUGGCUUGCCAGGCUCUCCCUAGAAAAAUAUCAUAAAUAUCCUACUUGUUGUAAAACACUGUAUGUUGUCGUUUUAUUCUUUAGCUCGGACUCUAUCGAUAAAAUCAUUCUGUCGAUAGAUUCGUCUAAAAUGGUUGAUUUUGGUAAGAUUGUAGUCUGUUCCUUUGCGGAACAAAAUCUUUGAUCCCUUUUUUAAUGUCCGCGUUGUAUACAAAACAGUGGUCGCUCGAUAUUCAGUGUAAUGAAAUUGUUUCUUUUUUUAUUUUACAUCUGUCGGCUUGCAGAUCUAAUGUCAUGUUUUUGUAACAUCAAUUAUAAAUUAAUUUUAAACUUUGCAAUAUGAUAAAUUAUUACAAAUUAAAUCAGCUGUGGUUAUAUAUUAAGUAAUAGUAUUAAUAUAUUAUAGAUAAGGCAUCUCGAUCAAGUUAAAUAUCAUCAAAUCAUAAUGAAAUUAUAUUUAUAAAGAUUAAUUUGUAAAAUACAAAUCAUUUAAGUACAUGAUUUAUGUUUACAUAUUCCUUAAAUCACUAAUUAAUAUUGUACAGUACUAUUAUAUUGUACAGUUUUCUUAAAGGAUAGAUCUGUACAAAAGAUAUAUAAUACAUAAUGUCUUUGUAUGUAAAACUAAUAUUUGUAAUUUUGUUAUCUAGGCUAUAAGUUGAUGUUAUUAUUCACAUGAAUGUAUUUUAAUUUUAUUUAUUGCUUCAUUAUUUUGUAUACAUAAUAGACUGUGAUAUGAGUUUAGUUGAAAAUUAUUAUUAUUUGAAUUGCGCAUAAUACACAAUAGUGACAUAAAUAUUGUAACUAUAUAAUCUGCUUUUUGUACUUGCCAUAUUUAAUAAACCAAUUUGACGGGCCCCUUCUCGAAAUAAGUAAUAAAAUUAAUACAGACAAAAAUAACAUUACGUAUUAUAUAAAUUACCAACCAAAAUUUUUUAUACUAGAUUGUAUGUAUUGGAUUAUUAAAUAUGCCAAGUUUAGGAGAACAGAUUAUAAAAAUAAUGAUAAAUUAUUGAAAAUAAAACACUAGUGCAAUAAAUACAAUUAUAAAUUAUUAUUGUUCAAGGCUCUCUUGCUAAGAAUUGCAAGGUUGUUAUUUUAUAAAUUAUAAAAUAACUACUUGUUACUAUCCAAAUUAGUAAUGAUUAAUGAAAGCUUGGGAAGUCUUUUAAAUCAACAAAAAAUCGAUUUAAACCAUCGAGGAUAUCAUGUUUCAUAGGAGCGGCAGGGGAGGGGGAGUAGUGGUCGGGCCGCGAUGGCCUUUUUGUUUAGAGUUAGCACAGAUUAAUGGAUUGAAGUCAUUAAAACCAAUUUGUUAUCGUUUAAAAAAUUGCUUUAGCUACUUUAGAAAUUGCAAUUGGUACAACAAAAUAAAUCGCGCCUCUCGGAGUCGCACGAAAACGUGGCAGCAUGAGAGCGAGAGACUUUGUCGUCAGUCUGUAUGACCAUUAAUUUUCAUAGCUCCUGUUGAACCGCUUUAUAUACAAUUUGAGAGAUUAUAUUGACGCCCAUAAAUGGAUAUGAGGCCAUAGAUAAUAACACGCGGGUACAUUUGUGGGUCCAUUUUUCUAUGUAGUUUAUUGUCUACUCUCUGUAAACAUAGAAAUAUAUUGUUUCACCAAUGUUAGAGCAGGAACAAAUUUUAUGGCAUAUGUUCCUAUACAUAUCUAUUAGUCACUUUAAUUAAAGAUGAUAGAUGUGAAUAAUUUUUAUAGUACAUUCAAACAACUAGUUCUCUAUUUAAAUUAAAAAAUCAAAAUAAAAGAUUAAUUUUUAAAAAAAUAUUUAAACAGAAAGGACAGAAGAACAUUCCCUUAAUUUGGUGCUGAAAAAAAAAUUGAGAAUAUUCUUAAUCUAUGGAAAACAAUACUGUCUGUUUCAUUUACUAUUCGAAUGCAAAACUACCUAUAUAACGCUCUUUAAUAUAAAACUGAUUGUCAUAUCAAGAUGGCCUUCUACAUGAAUAAAAUGGAUUGUAAAGAGUAUAUACCAGAUAAUUAAUAAUUAGAUAAUUAGUACUGUCCGAGCAGAGUCGAUUACGCACAAAGCCGCAUUGUUUGAGCGCAAUUUGUGUAAAAGAAUCAUUAGAUUCAGUUUGAACAAAUCUAUUUGAGCGGCUUUGAAUUUCAUUUCUUUUUGCAAAAUGUGUAUAACUUAUGUAAUUGUAAAAAUGUUUGUUACUUAAACACGCUUACAGCAGGCCUACUCUUAAAUACAAUAUCGAUAUCAAUCCAAUGUCAAUGAUAAAUUUUAUACUGCACUGAUGAAAUAACAACUACCAAUUAAUUUAAAAUUGGAAUUGAUUUGCAAUAGUUUCCAUUGGCAAGUUACACUAAUAUGCAUUUAUCAGAACAGUAUGGAACCAUUAUAUCGUAUUGUAUUGUAAUUCGAGAGUGUGAAAUGUUUUAAUUCCAAUAUCGAUCUAUUGGAAUUUAUUUCAAGAGUAAAUCCAAAAGUUAGGAUGAAAUUUGAUACACAGAUAAACCAAACCCUAGAUUAGCAUUUAGGAUACUUUUUAUAGGAUAUAGCUAGUAAUUUAUAAGCGAUAAUUUGGCAUCGCCUAAUACUAACUGUCUGGUAAAAGACAUACCUAUACUUAGAAACCAUAUGCAAAGUCGACUCUGCUUGGUCAGUGUUAAAUUUACAGACCUUACGGACUAUGCCCGUCAUUACCAAAAUGUGUAAGUUGUUUAUGUAACUAUGUAAAUGUCGUUAAUUUAGAUAUUUAAUUUUAUUGAAAAUACUAAUAAUAUACCAAAAAUAAAUAAUUAUGAAACAUAUAAUUA